ACUAUCACAGUUAGUGAAGCCGAUAGUUUGACACGUACUAUCACCUUGAAGGGUAUGCUGAACUUUAUCCUUGGUAUUUACAAAGAAAAGCAGUUGAGAGAAGAUUUCGAAAUCAAUACUGAAUCUGAUGCAGUCAUAUUUAGAACCCGUAACUGUAUCGGUGAUCUAGCUAAUGAUAUAUGUAAAGCAUAUGGUAAGACACACCCAGAACCAAAAAAGAAUUAG